UGACGUCACCAGAUCGGUGAUGACGUCUAUAAGUGAGCGGCACCGUUUCAGAUUGGAAUGGGAGCUGGCGAUUUUUCCCCUAUUUUGAUCGUUUAGUCCGUGAAUGGCGCCGAAACAGGACCCGAAACCUAAAUUUCAAGAAGGUGAAAGAGUGCUGUGUUUUCAUGGGCCAUUGCUCUACGAAGCUAAGUGUGUUAAAAUAAACGUCAAAGAGAAACAAAUUAAGUACUUCAUUCAUUACAGCGGGUGGAAUAAAAAUUGGGACGAAUGGGUUCCUGAGAGUCGAGUGCUAAAGUAUGUGGACAGCAAUCUGCAGAAACAGAAAGAGCUUCAGAAGGCCAAUCAAGACCAUUAUGUUGAAGGAAGAAUGAGGGGUGCUGCACCGAAUAAGAAGAUACCCGCGACUUCACAGAAAAACGACGUGAAAACCAAAAAGAACAAACAAAAAACUCCUGGUCCAGGAGAAGGACCGAGUUCAGGAGGGGACCCGGUCCACCCUCCACGGAAGAAGAGGGCUCGUGUUGACCCAACUGUCGAAAGUGAGGAGACAUUCAUAAACAGAGUGGAAGUUAAAGUCAAAAUCCCUGAAGAGCUAAAACCUUGGCUUGUAGAUGACUGGGAUCUGAUUACACGGCAAAAACAGCUCUUCCAUCUGCCCGCUAAGAAGAACGUUGACUCUGUUUUAGAAGAUUAUGCAAACUACAAGAAAUCGAGAGGAACCUCUGACAGCAAGGAGUUUGCCGUGAGCGAGGUGGUUGCCGGUGUGCGGGAAUAUUUUAACGUCAUGCUGGGCACGCAGCUGCUUUACAAAUUUGAGAGGCCGCAGUAUGCAGACAUCUUGGCCAACCACCCAGAUACGUCAAUGUCGCAGAUUUACGGCGCCCCCCACCUGUUAAGGCUCUUUGUGCGAAUUGGAGCCAUGUUGGCUUACACUCCCUUGGAUGAAAAGAGCCUGGCACUGCUGCUCACCUACCUGCAGGACUUCCUCAAGUACUUGGUCAAGAACUCUGCGACGCUCUUCAGCGCUAGCGAUUACGAGGUGGCCCCGCCGGAGUAUCACCGCAAAGCCGUUUGAGGGUUUUUUUUGUUUGUUUUUUUUUCUAAGAAAGGAGAGAAUCGUGGAUCAGGAUGUGCAAAUACUCCAUGAAGUGUCGGACCAACUUGUCAAUUGUCUUUCGUGUGGAAGCUGCAAAGUACGCUCUCCCUCUAUUGGUAUAAUUUUUUAAUACCACCCUUUGGUUUGUAUAUCAUUCGGCAAUGAACUUCAGCAUUUCACCAUUUGUUUCUUUAUUUUUGUUCACAUUGACAUCUUUUUCUAAUAAAACUACUACAUUUCUUCA